AUGGCUAAAUUAUACCAAAAAUUACAGAAUUCACUUACAAGCUAUGAAAAUAGACCUAAAACAAUUAUAACAGAACAAAUAUUCGGCGAAUCUGUAUACAUCUUUCGUGGUCAACAUAAAGAAAUACCAGCAUGGUACUAUGUUCUUGUUCCUCUUAGUAAAGUUGCUGAUGCAGAAGCUUUAAAAUCAGACAAAAGUAUUAAUGUCACAGACUUUGGCCGUGUGAUUGAAUAUCUUAAUAAUCGAGGUAAUAUUAAACAAAUGUUUGGAUUGGGAAUUGAUCCACCCAAAAUGUUUCAAACAUGGAUUAUAGAGCAUUAUGAUUCAGCAUCUAUUGAUGAAAACAUUAGUUUGAUUUACGAAAAAGAUGAUAUUCGAUUAUGUACAAUGCAACGUGCGAUUCCACAACAGAAGUUAGGCAUUUUUCUACGUUAUCAUCGAAAAGAACGUUUUCAUUAUAUUGAAUUUUAUGGUGAUUGGAAAUCGAGUCUGGCGUAUCGAGCAGGCAUCAAAAAUUUUGAUCGGAUCAUUGCACUAAAUGACGUUAAUAUUGAAAAAGAUACACCCAAUCAACUUGACAGACGUUUCAAGACUGAUCGACAUCUUCCAGUUCAAAUGCUUGUCUGUAGUCCAGCUACAUAUUUCCAUUACAGAUCUAAUGAAAAGCUUUUGCAUAGUGAUCUUCCAACUGUUCAACAUUUGAAACCUAUAUAUGCUACAUCGACAUCGAACUCUAAUACAGAUACACAUGGAAUUUCUGUUGGUAAUGAAAGUUUUUGUGCUGUACAGUGGGAAAACAGCAACAUUAUUUCUACGGUACCUCAAUCAGCAAUUUUCAAAUCACCUGAAUUUACUAAUGUAAAUGAUGUUUGUUUUAUCGAAAUAAACGGACAAUAUCGAAAAGGACAAAUUAUUUUUAAAGGUUCACGAAGUGAUUGUGAAAAGUUGAAGACACAUUCAGUUUCAUCAGUAAUCAGUAACGUUUUCAAUACAUUGUCUAAUUUGUUCAUUAGAAAAAUACCAAAUGUUUUGGAUUCAACAACAAAUUCUAAUCUAGAUUUUGCUUAUGACAAAUCUAUAUCUUCAUUAGAUAAGCUGAAAACAGAUACAAUACAAGUCCAAAUUACUAUUCCGGAUGCAAAUAAUGAUACCCAAGUGAGGCAGAACGCUGACGCUAUCCAAUACAUUGAAGACAGUGUAUGUACCACACUUGAAGAACUUCCAAAUGAAUUAUUUUUCUAUUUAUUCACUUUCAUCAACAUUGAACAUUUAUAUAAUGCUUUUUGGGGACUCAAUUCACGAUUGAACAAUAUUUUUCUAACUUAUCAAAAUCUAUCAUUAAUUUUCGAAGAAAAUGACAAAUUUCGAAUAUUAGCUACAAAAUAG